AUAAAGAAUUUACAGUAAGCGCUCACUUAACGUACACAAUGCGUUCCUAAGUUACCUUACGUAUAACGAAUGUACGUUAAACGAACACGAAAUAUCCAUAAGAAUACGUAUAUUUAUGUUUAAUUGGUUCCAAGAUGAUCUUUGUUCGCACGAACGUACACUUACGGCCAACUCGGGACUUUCCUACUUUGCUCGUUACACUACUUUAUUUUACCACAUUUUGCAUAGGGGAUUUACCGAAAGAGACCGGACGAAAAAAUAUCCUUGUGAAUUCAAUCGAUACACGUCCUGAGUUCGCUUCAGAUCGUUUCAGACAUCGUCCGCGUCAAUACAUUUCGAUCAAACGGGAUUUUAGAAAUAAAAAGUUGAAAAUGAAGAAAAACGAUUACUUUUGCUGAAAAACUGAAAAUUAUUGAAAUGGCAGAGAAGGGUGAAAAACUAGCGGAAAUAGGAAGACGUUUAGGAUACAGUAGAUCAACAGUUAACACAAUAGUAAAAUCAAAAGAAUGUUUGAAGUGUUAUGUUAAAGAUGGGGUAAAUCUUCAACAAACUUCAGGUACUCGUAUAUGUUCUAAUGUGAUGGAAGAAAUGGAGGGGAUUUUGAAAGUUUGGUUAGACUCUCAAUUACACAGAAAUAUUCCUUUAAGUCUUUCUGCUAUCCAACAAAAAGCUAAGGAAAUUUAUUCAGAAUUAAGAAAAAAAAUGGAUGAGAACGCAACUGAUACGUUUAAUGCAAGUUGGGGAUGGUUUAGAAGAUUUAAAAUCAGGGCCAACGUAACUAACGUGAAAGUGACAGGAGAAACAGCGAGUGCAGAUUCUAACGCUGCUAGUGCAUUUAUAGCAACACUAAAAGCUAUUGUCCAUGAUGGAAAUUACAGUCCACAUCAAAUCUUUAAUGUUGACGAAACGGGAUUGUUUUGGAAGAAGAUGCCUUCCAACACAUAUAUCACUAAAGAUGAGAAACGUAUGCCGGGAUAUAAAGCUGCCAAAGAUCGUCUAACUUUAUUACUAGGUGGAAACGCGGCAGGUGAUUUUAAAUUGAAGCCAAUGUUGGUUUACCAUAGUGAAAAUCCGAGAGCGCUUAAAGGUGUAUCAAAGUCAUCAAUGCCAGUGAUUUAGAAAUCAAAUCGUAAAGCUUGGGUCACGAAAUCUGUAUUUGAAGAUUGGUAUAGAAACAACUUUAUUCCAGAAGUGAAAGAUUACUGCUCUAAAAACAACUUAGCGUUUAAAGCAUUACUACUUCUUGAUAAUGCCCCAGGGCAUCCAAUAAUGUUAAAUGAGUUAUGUCCCAAUAUAAAGGUAAUAUUUUUGCCACCAAAUACGACAUCAUUAAUCCAACCGAUGGACCAACCCGUUAUAGCCGCGUUUAAGAAAUAUUAUUUACGUGCAACUAGGGUAAGCAUGAUUAAAGCUAUUGAUGAUAAUAAGGAAUUAACGGUUAAGUCUUAUUGGUAAGAUUACAAUAUUCAUAAUGGAAUUAAAAAUAUAUCUGCCUCUUGGGAUGAAAUUAAUUGCGCUUAGAAAUUGGAAUGCGCUUAGGCUUGGAAAUAAUCGAAGAAGAUAUCGAAGAGUUAAUAGAAUCACAUGACGAAGAGUUAUCUAUCGAAGAUCUCAUGGAAUUAUAAAAGACAGAUAAUGUCGAAACGAAUGACGAUGACGCCGUUGAAGACCUGCUCAAAGAAAAUGUAUUAAAUUUAGAAACUUUAAGUGAAAUUUUAAAUAAAAUGGAAAAUCUCGCCGAUGUCAUAGAGAAUGUAGACCCAAAUAUGGAACGAAGUUCUUAUGUUGUAGGUAUGCUCCGUGAUGCGUUUACUUGUUACAAAACCAUGUAUGUACAUAGAGAAAAAGAAGACUGGCCUUAGGCAAUUAACAAUACAACAAUUUUUAACUAAAAAAACUUAAGAAUCCAUAAGUUAUUUAUGAUUUCUUUACUUGUACCGACUUUUUGAAAUUAGAAUAAAAUGUAAGAAUAAGGCUCUUACUUUUCUAGUUUUAUUUGAAUUCAAUCAUUCACUUUCUAUAAAAAAAAUAAUGAAAUUGGAUCGCCGAUGUACGUUAAUGCGGAUGACAAAUGUACGUUGUACGAACACGAGGUCAUAAAACGUCUUGUACGUUCUUUCAUCGUUAUCCAUUUUAAAGUAAUAAACGAUUCUGUUAUUAAGGCCAUCAAUAAUAAUAAACAACAAUGAAAAAUUAUCAUUUAUGGCAAAGACUUUUUGUAUCAACUUCUACUACUUAUUUCCAACACGAUUAUACCAAGAAAGACCACGAAAAUUCCUAUUUAUUAU